UAUUAAUUAGAAAAUAUUUUCUUAAUUUGCUCAUUAGAUUCUGACACAUACUGUAACUCUUACACAAUUUGUCUGACAUUUUAACCACAUUACUCUCUCCAUGUUCACAGCCAAUACUAUACUCAGCAUCGAACACUGUUUAACAAAUGAAAUCUGAUAUGAAGGACAUACACAUGCCAAAAGUGCUUGAUAUGCUGCAACACCAUUGAGGCCUCUAACAUAAUUUGUUAAUUAUACCACCUUUGGUCAGUUUUUUGUCUCCAUAAAGGUUACCAUCUGUAUCUUUUUUUGAAAUCAGUUCUUCUCCCAGAGAAGGCCUGCAUACGCAGUAUGUAUGACUCCCUUGCAGGGCUCCAGUCCCCUUUAUAAACCACGCCUGGGUCACCCAGAGAAGCACAGCUCUCGCAAACAGGGUUGACAGAAAGCUUGGUGUUGCUUGAGGCAAACAAAACAUUUUGUUAUUUUUUAAUCACUUCUUGCUUACCUCAUUUCCUUGGGAUACUAUGUGGAAGGCUGCGGUGCUUGCUGUGUGCCUGCUGGUGGCCGGGGUCCAGCCCAUGGAGGACCCAGCGUAUGGGGUGAAGCUCUGUGGCCGUGAGUUCAUCCGGGCAGUCAUCUUUACUUGUGGGGGCUCGCGAUGGAGACGAUCACUCAGGAGUGCAGAUGUUCCAGAAGACCCAUUUAGCUCCCAUCAGGACGAGUCCUCGGAAGGCUUUGGUCAAAACUCACUGGAAAGUCUUCUGCAGAGGAACAGGGACCUAAGAUUCGCAACAAGAGACAACCAGGAAGGAACGUUUAGCAGACCGACACGCUCCUUCAUCACCGAAGAGAUCCUGGAAGCCCUGAGAAAGGCUGACCGCAAGGGCCGGGAUGUGGUGGUGGGUCUGUCCAACGCCUGCUGCAAGUGGGGCUGCAGCAAGAGUGAGAUCAGCUCCCUUUGCUGAGAGUCUGAGUGAAAACAUGGCACAGCGUAUUAAUAUAUAAACGGACAUUUUUCAGUUCUCCUGAAUCAAAUGAUAUUUUAUAUGAUUUCAUAACCACUGUCUUUUUUUGUUAAAAAUGAAAAUGCGUUGUUAUUUGUAGUGUCUAUGAAGUAUAUGGAAAGGGCUGCCAUGUGCUCAAAAUAUUUACAUAUUUCUGCUAUUAAAAUGCAUUCCAAACUUUGUAAUGAACAUCCUCAAGUAUUCUGUCUCAACUGUCCCAGCCUCUAUUAUACACACAUUUAUUUUAUUUUUUAUUUAGAGUUUUGCAUUACUGUCUGAGAACUCAAGGUAAUGAAAGGCUUUGUUAUGUCAAUGUCUAAAAAUGUAUUGUUUUAUAAUUGUA